CAGGGCGGCAGUGUAAUUUACCCAUGAAUUAUUUGAUGGAAUAGGGGACCACUUUCAUUGGAACUGGCAAAGUCAAAAAGUUCUGAUUACGGAGUAACACUUCUAUUUCCUCCUUCCUUCACGACUAGUCUCCCUUCCCCAGCAACCAUGAUUAGGCUCUUUAAAGUGAAAGAGAAGCAGAGAGAAAUUACUGAAAAUACCAAUGGAAGGGGGGCUGUCAAGAAGCAUACCGCUGGAGAAUUGCGUCUUCAUAAAGACAUCAGUGAGCUCAACCUUCCCGAAUCAUGUACCAUAUCGUUCCCCAAUGGCAAGGAUGAGUUGAUGAAUUUUGAGGUUUCCAUUCGACCUGAUGAAGGAUAUUAUUUAGGUGGCACAUUUUUUUUCUCAUUUGAAGUUUCUCCCAUCUAUCCACAUGAGGCACCAAAGGUCAAAUGCAAGACCAUGGUUUACCAUCCCAAUAUCGACUUAGAAGGGAAUGUUUGCCUCAACAUUUUACGAGAAGAUUGGAAACCCGUUCUUAACAUUAACACUAUUGUUUAUGGAUUGUAUCAUCUUUUCACGGAACCAAACCAUGAGGAUCCCCUGAAUCACGAUGCGGCCGCUGUGUUGAGGGAUAAUCCGAAAACAUUCCAAUCCAAUGUGAGAAAAGCUAUGACUGGUGGAUAUGUGGGGCAAACACACUUUGCACGAUGUAUGUAGCUUUUCUAGGUGACAUCUUUUAGCAAAUGCUUAAAGGUGGCUUUGCCUGUAAAUCUUAUAUACAAUUUACAAUUUGUCGUCUUGAAGAUCUUGAUAGCUUGUUUGGACUAAUGAAGUUGAAUUCAUCGUAUUUGAUUUGAUACAACAUUAUUAA